AUGGAGGAGGCGCCGGACGGGGAGGGAGGCGCCGGGCGCGCGGGGGCGGCGGCCGGGCGAUGCGGCGGCUGCAGCUCCCCGGCGCGGCGGCGGCGCGGGCGGCCGGAGCCGCCGGAGACGACGACGGGCGUGGGCGGGCGUGCUGCGGGAGGAGGCGGCGGCGCGUCCCGGGCCGCGGGGGCCGGGAACGGGCUUCGGCGGGCUGCACGGUGGAGGAGAGAGAGGGCGGCCGGCGACGGUGACGUGGCGCGUCCUGCCAAGCUCCUGGACACCGUCAAGCGAGUCCGAACUACUCUGCAGCAGGACAGUCUAGCUCGUCCAAAGCUCGACUAG